UUUAACCCGGAAGAGGUUGCUGUUUACAGCGCAACGUUUUCCGCCACAAAACGACACUGAUUUAAAUACGUCUCAAAACGGCAACGAGGGAUGGAUUCUCCAGUCAGAAGUGAAAGCUCCAGUCCUAAACAAAGAGAGAGAAAUGGACCUUCAGAUGAUGAGUCCAGUCCAGGAGCACAGGGGCCUCAGCCAGCUAAUGCAAGGGAGAGAAGCUCUAAGAAGGAAUCCUCUCCAGAGGGCAGUAACARAUCCAAGAGCUCCUCCGCAAGCAGCUCAGACGGCAGCAGCAGUGAUGAUGAUGAUGAACAUCAAAGAGCUCUAGUGAAGAUUAGGAGCAGUGUGGCACAAAUACCAAGGUCCAAAGAGCGCGACAGAUCCUCAUCUAGAGAGAGUAAACGGUCCAGGGAAGAAGACGGAUCCGAGUCCAAAGAAAACAACCGAUCCAAAUCCAGAGAGAGAGACGGAUCGAARUCUAAGGGAUAUGAAAGGUCGGGUUCCAGAUCAAGCCGAGAGGAUAGAUCCAGAUCCAGGGAACAAAGAAGGUCCAGAUCCAGAGAAUGGGGAAGAUCACGGUCUAGAUCAAGAGGACGGGAAAGAUCCAGGUCUAAGGGGCGAGACAGAUCCAGGUCAAGAGGACGGGAUCGUUCCAGAUCCAGAGAAAGAGACCGGAACAGAGACCGCUUCGACAGGAGACGCUACRCUCGAGAUCGCUACGACGACCGACGCGACGACAGGGACAGACGUUUUGAUCGGCGAGCCAACAGAGAUGAAGACUCAGAACGCAGGAGGCGGGGCCGCUCUGGCUCCCCUCCAGCGGACAAGGAGCCAGCCGCCGGCGAAGAGCCACCGGUCAAGAAGAAGAAAGAGGAGCUGGACCCGAUCCUGACGAGGACCGGCGGUGCUUACAUCCCGCCGGCCAAACUGCGCAUGAUGCAACAGCAGAUCACAGACAAGAGCAGCCUGGCCUAUCAGAGGAUGAGCUGGGAGGCUCUGAAGAAGUCCAUCAACGGUUUGAUCAACAAAGUCAACGUGUCCAACAUUGUGAACAUCAUCCAGGAGCUGCUGCAGGAAAACGUCGUCAGGGGAAGGGGCCUUCUGGCUCGKUCAGUGCUGCAGGCCCAAGCAGCUUCGCCCAUCUUCACUCAUGUGUACGCUUCCGUCGUGGCCAUCAUCAACUCAAAGUUCCCACAGAUCGGMGAGCUGAUCCUUAAACGCCUCGUCUUGAGCUUCAGGAGGAGCUACCGGCGCAACCUCAAGCAACAGUGCCUGACGGCCUCAAAGUUCGUGGCUCAUCUCAUCAACCAGAACGUGGCCCACGAGGUUUUGUGUUUGGAGAUGCUCACUCUGCUGCUGGAGCGUCCGACUGACGACAGCGUGGAGGUUGCCAUCUCUUUCCUCAAGGAGUGUGGACUCAAGCUGACCGAGGUCUCACCCCGUGGAAUCAAUGCCAUAUUUGAGCGUCUCAGGAAUAUCCUCCAYGAAUCGUCCAUUGACAAAAGGGUCCAGUACAUGAUCGAGGUAAUGUUUGCCAUCAGGAAAGACGGUUUCAAAGAUCACCCCGUCAUCCCUGAAGGCCUGGACCUGGUGGACGAGGACGACCAGUUCACCCACAUGCUGCCGCUGGAUGACGAGUACAACCCAGAGGAUAUCCUCAACGUGUUCAAGUUGGACCCAGACUUCCUAGAGAACGAGGAGAAAUACAAAACCAUCAAGAGAGACAUCCUGGAUGAAGGCAGCAGCGAUUCAGGAGAGGAGGGGGAUGGCAGCGACGACGAAGAUGAGGAGGAGGACGAGAACGAGGAAGCGGGAGAAGGAAAUAGCUAUGGAGUUCCAUUAUUGACACAUUUGCAGUUGUCAAUAUAUAUGUUUGGUUUAUAUGUUUGUUAUUUUUGCAGCUUGGACUUUGAGGAAUGUGCCCACAAACUGAUCAAGAUGGACUUUCCUGACAGCCAAACAAAGGAGCUGUGUAACAUGAUUCUGGACUGCUGUGCUCAGCAGAGGACCUACGAGAAGUUCUUCGGUCUGCUUGCAGGGAGGUUCUGUCUGUUGAAGAAGGAGUACAUGGAAAGCUUUGAGGCCAUAUUUUCUGAGCAGUACGACACAAUCCACCGACUGGAGACCAACAAACUGAGGAACGUGGCCCGACUGUUCGCUCAUCUGCUCUACACAGACUCCGUGCCGUGGAGUGUGUUGGAGUGUAUCCGAAUGAGCGAGGAGACCACAACAUCAUCCAGCAGGAUCUUUGUGAAAAUCCUGUUUCAGGAGCUCUGCGCCUACAUGGGCCUCCCAAAACUCAACCAGCGGCUCAAAGACCCAACCUUGCAAACGUUCUUUGAGGGUCUUUUUCCUCGUGACAAUCCGAGAAACACUCGCUUUGCCAUCAACUUCUUCACCUCCAUUGGACUGGGAGGCUUGACCGACGAGUUGAGGGAACACCUGAAGAACGCACCAAAGAUGAUCAUGACUCAAAACCAGGAAGUAGAAUCGUCUGACUCGUCAUCCUCAUCAUCGUCCUCGUCGUCGUCGGAGUCUUCCUCCUCCGAUUCCUCCAGCGAUUCAGAUUCUGACUCCUCCUCCAGCAGCAGCAGCAACUCAGAUGUUGACAGCAAACGCAAGAAGAAGAAGAGAAAGGGACGUGUUGAAGAGAAGAAGAAGAAGAAGAAAGGAAAGGACAAGAAGAAGAAGGAGAAAGUGGACAAGAGGCGAAAAGGAGGCAGGAGCGACAAUGACGCCGAGAAGCAGGCGAAGGAGGACAGGAGGGAGCGCGAGCGUGACUUGGAGGAGCGCGCGCGCGGGGACGCCCGGGGACGAAGGCGUGAAGACAGGUCGGAGGAAGAGGAGCGGCAGGAGGAGGAGCAGGAGGGCCGGAGACGAAAAGCGGACAGGCAGAGAGAUGACGAUGGUGAAAGAGACAGAGGAAGAGAAGGGGACAGAGGGAGAGACAGAGACAGUGGGCGAGGGAGAGAGAGAGAGUAUGAAGACAAGAGAGAGAGGGAGAAAGACAGAGAAAGGGAUAGAGAGAGGAAUAAAGAGAACAGAGACAGGAACAGAGAGAGGGAGGAGAGGAGRAGGAGAUGAAGUGAUGGACUGAUGACUGGCAGAYGAGGGGAAGCUGCCCUCCUCCUCUCCUGUCAUCCUUCUUUACCCCUGCUGACUUUAUACUGUCAUAAACUCAGACCCGUCGUUCUGUUUCCCCUUCAGCCUGUUUUCUAUUGUUGAUUUUUGAUGUUUAUAAAAUCAGGGAAAAAAAMCCAAAACAUUAAAGUUUCUGCAGAUGUUUUUGAUUAA